CAUUAUGAACAGCUGUAUGAAUUCUGGAAAAUAAAGAUGAGAAUCUAUUUUGAUUAUGAAGAAUAAUAUUACAGAUUCAAAUUUAUCGAUCUAUAGCAUGCAUUUGGGGAUUUGUCGUGUGUUCGAUAUGACCGUUCGUUAGCCAGAGAAUCCUCCGGUUGAAAGUGUACGCGUCCACCACACUCGACUUCAUAUCGCUCGCACAUCACUUUCCAGUGCGCUACUUUCGCAGAACUACCGCCGACAAUAGACCUAUCACAUAAACCGGCCAGCUGGUAUCUAGCUUAUAAAAAUGAGCAUAUCAACCUCGGCUUGGACGAAUAUGAUCUACGACAAUAUAAAAGAGCCGAGCCUGUCCUCGAGAUAUCCACCUCUCAUCCACUUCAUCUCUCACUUCACUCUGAACAAUCAACAUGGCUGAAAUUCCCUCCUAUGACGUGAUCAUCCUUGGCGCUGGUUUCUCCGGCUGCAGCCUUCUCUACCACCUCCGCAAAGCAGGCUACAACGUGCACAUCUUUGAGAAAGCUCCCUGCGUCGGCGGCACCUGGUACUGGAAUCACUACCCCGGUGCGCGCGUCGACUCCAACACGCCGAUGUAUGAGCUCGAUAUCCCGGAGGUGUACAACACCUGGAACUGGUCGCAGCGCUUCCCGGACUGGCAGGAGCUGCGCGAGUACUUCAAGCACGCCGACAAGGUGCUCGAGGUCUCGAAGGACACGGACUUCAACACCACCAUCACCGACGCCGUUUGGGACGAGGUCUCUCAGACCUGGACCGUCACCGCCGAGAACGGGAAGCAGGCUCGUGCAAAGUUCUUCCUCGCCUGCGUCGGCUUUUGCGCAAAGAACUUUACCCCCGACUUCAAGGGUCUCAGCAAGUUCAAGGGCGAAGUCUACCACUCUAACGAGUGGCCCGAGGGCACCGUCGAUCUUUCUGGCCGCCGGAUCGGGUUGAUUGGCACUGGAUCUACCGGAGUGCAAAUCACGCAAGAGGCGGGGCCGGUGUGUGAGGAGCUCUUUGUCUUUCAGCGCACGCCCAACCUCUGUCUUCAUAUGAAGCAGGAGCACUACGACCCUUCCGCGCCGAUCGACAAGGCAAAGUACGAGGAGUAUUUCAAGCAGCGCAUUACCUCGUUCGGCGGCUUUCUUUUCGAUUUCCUAAAGAAGAAAGCAAUCGAAGACACCCCCGAAGAGCGCGAGAAGCUCUACGAAGAGCUAUAUGCGCAAGGCGGGUUCCAGUUCUGGGUCGCAAACUACCACGACGUGCUCCUCGACGCCGAGUCCAACAAGUUUGCCUACGAUUUCUGGCAGCGCAAAGUGAGCGCGCGCAUCAUGGAUCCCAAGAUCGCCGAGAUCCUCGCGCCCAAAGUCGCGCCUCACCCGUUCGGCACCAAGCGUCCUUCGCUCGAGCAAAACUACUACGAGCAGUUCAACCGCCCCAACGUGCACGUCGUCGACGUCAACGCCGAGCCGAUCGCCGAGUUCACCGAGAACGGCAUGCGCACGAGCGCCGGCGAGUACAAGUUCGACCUGUUGAUCCUCGCAACCGGCUUCGACGCCUUGACCGGCUCGUACAAGCACAUGAACAUCAAAGGCAUCAACGGUGUCGACCUCAACGAGAAAUGGGCCGAGAAGACACGCACCUACCUCGGCAUGACGGUCCAUGACUUUCCAAACAUGUUUUUCACCUACGGUCCGCAGGCGCCGACCGCGUUCUCGAACGGCCCGUCCUGCAUCCAGGUCCAGACCAAGUUCAUUCUCGACACGCUCAACCACAUGCGCGACAACAAGCUCACUUCGUUCAACGCGACCGGCGACGCGGAGAUGGAGUACACGACGCAGAUCGGCGAGGACGCGAGCAUGUCGCUGUUUCCGUUGGCAAAGUCGUGGUAUAUGGGCGCUAAUAUCCCCGGUAAGGCGGUCGAGAUGUUGAAUUAUAUCAGAGGAUUGCCUGCGUAUGUGGAUCUGCUUGAUACUGUCGAGAAGGAGAACUGGAAGGGAGUUGAUUUUGCUCCUGUCGCUGUUGCCCAGAACUGAUUUUGAAUUUGAUUUUUUGUUGUUGAGAAAGACAA